AUGCUUGAACUCAACAAGAGCUUCAUGAGACCAGAAAACUUCAUCCUUGUUGGUAUUCCUGGACUGGAAGACAAGCAGAUCUGGAUCUCUAUACCUGUUUGCAUCAUGUAUCUUAUCACCGUAUUUGGAAAUAUAGUCAUGCUGUAUGUUAUUUUAUCAGAAGAAAGUCUUCACAAGCCAAUGUAUCUAUUUCUUUCCAUGUUGUCAAUCAUAGAUCUUGUGGCAUCUUCAACCACUACACCUAAAAUUCUCUGGAUAUUUUGGUUCAAUUCCAGCAAAAUUAUAUUUGAUGCUUGCCUCACUCAAAUGUUCUUCAUUCAUGCCCUAUCCAUGAUGGAGUCUACAGUCUUAUUGGCCAUGGCAUUUGACCGCUAUGUUGCUAUAUGUCAUCCCCUGAGAUACAAUUCAAUACUUACUAACAAGAGAAUAGUUACAAUUGGUGUUUUGGCUAUACUUAGAGGUUCUUUCCUUAUGACUCCUUGUGUGUUGCUCAUCAAAAGGUUGUCCUACUGCAGGACCAAUGUAAUUUAUCAUACGUACUGUGAGCAUAUGGCCGUAGUAAAGAUAGCCUGUUCUGAUACAACCAUAAACCAGGUGUAUGGGCUGAUAGCUGCGUUACUGGUUAUCGCUGUUGACUCAGUGUGUGUGACUUUAUCAUACACCGUCAUAGUUAGGGCUGUCAUGAGACUUUCCUCAAAUGAAGCUCGACACAAGGCAGCUAGUACUUGUGGCUCUCAUAUCUGUGUCAUCCUAAUAUCUUAUGUCCCAGCUCUGUUUUCCUUCUUCUCACACAGGUUUGGUCACAACAUCUCACCGUCAGUUCAUAUUACAUUCGCUAAUCUUUAUAUUCUUAUUCCACCAAUGUGCAACCCAAUCAUUUACGGAGUAAAAACCAAGGAAAUUCAAGAAAAGAUUAUUGUGAUUUUUUAUUUCAAGCAAGAGAAAAGUAUUAGAUGA